AUGUUGGAGGAGGAAGAGAAGUUUGCAACGUUUCACUAUGACUCUCACUACUGGAGUGAUAAAAACCAAUACAACAUCCCCGGCGGGAGGACUGGGUUUGACUCACAAGAGACCAAGUUACCGACCUAUUGGAACACACCUUUCUCCAAGAUCUGUCUCGGUAUGAAGAUUAGUGGACAGCUCAGGUUUAUUGUCUUUAACAAUCAAGCCAACUCUCUGCACUCACUGAUCGCUGAUGGAACAUACCGCGCUACUUCACUGGGUCGUGACGAGUGGAAGAAGUUGAUUGGUGCGCAGGGCUCUUUGCAACUGAACUGUAACAAGGAGGGCUUCAAUGCUGUAGGUACUUUAAGUAAUCAUGCUAAAGCAAGAAUUGGUUAUAUAGCUAACCAGGAAAACGAUUGUGGCACUUGUGACUCCAGAAUUGGGUUUGGUACCGGAGGAGGUCCUGAUAACUCCAAUACGUGUGGAAACGCAGCAGCAGCUUCCCCUGAUAAUGGUAACAGAUAUAUCAAAGCUAUGGGAUAUAUUUUAGUGCAGUAAACUCUUUCAAUCCAUGUAUGACCUUGGAAAACGCACUACGAAUUGGGGAGGAGAGGUGGGGUACUGAAAAAAGCCCUUUUCCAUUUAUCUAUCCCAUCCCCUUCUCCCUUCAAACGCCUGGCAGAGUGAGAACUUGCUAAGCAGACUAUAGAUUGCCACCUUCGGCUCGUAAUUUACAAACUUCUCUUCUUCCUCCAACAUCCCACGUGAGUUAUUAAGCCGGUAAACCGAUAGAAAGUGUGGUCUAUUGCUUAAUUAUUACUAAUCGUUGUUACUACUAAUACUUGUUAUUGAUCAUUAUUAGUUAUUACGAUUUGCGAACUGACCCUCAGAAUCAGUUGUAAAGACUUUUAGUAUACCUAACACUGGGUCUGCACAAAAAAAUACGUCCGACACAAGAGCCUUAUUAUACUGCAAUUUCUCCACAACAGCUAGAAAAAGUGCAUAUGAUAGUUUGAUAACAAUAGCCAUAAAAUAAAUGAAAAACAAAUAAAUAAUAGGCAAAAUAAUAUUUGAAUAGGAACUAAUAAAAAAGGAGGGCGCCGAGACACCAUAUUAGAAACGCCACAGUAAGACAAUACAACUAGAAUUAAGAUUCCUAAUUCAAAUUCAUAAUUAAGUAAAAUUUUUGCAAUUGAAAGAGUUACAGUAUAUUGAAGUUAUCUUGGAAUUAAAUGUUCACUGUAGGCAAGUGACUUAAGUAACUUAAUUUCAACUCGGGUUAAUAAGGCUGAUUAGGCCCCUAGCAGUACAUAGGUAGAAAAACUGCAUAUGAUAAUUUGAUAACAGUAGCUAUAAAAUAAAUGAAAAACAAAUAAGUGAUGGGCAAAAUAAUAUUUGAAUAAGAAUUAAUUAAAAAAGAGUGCGCCAAGACACCAUAUUAGAAACGCCACUGUAAGACAAUAGAGCUAGAAUUAAGAAUUCUAAUUCAAAUUCAUAAUUAUGUAAAAUUUUUGCAAUUAAAAGAGUUACAAUAUAG